UGUGCGUGCCUCAUGUGUUCUGUCAGCUUGUCUGUGUUUGGAGUCCUGUUUGCUCUGUUAUCCCCACAUUUGUGUUUUGUUCCUUUGUCUUGAACUAUUGCUGCCUGGACUCCACGCUUCCUUUAAGUGCUUCUAUUCCUUUUUGAGACUCUCAUUUGGUUGGCACUGUCAUGACAAGAACCCUUCUCUGAAGCACAUCAUUCAAGAAUUGUGAUGGUUGCGGACCAGAGCUGCAAGCAAGGAUCCUUUGGGACCAUCAGUGAAGCAGACUCAGAACAUUCCAGACGUGGCAUGACUGGUAUUUGGCAUCUAGACAGGUGAAUAGUUUCCCUUCCUUCCGAUAAAGAACUUUUCCUCGUCAUUAACACUGAGGAUAAAAUCCCACUUUAAAAGAUGUCAAAGCCUGCUGAUCAUAUCAAGAGACCCAUGAACGCGUUCAUGGUUUGGUCCCGGGGCCAGAGGAGGAAAAUGGCACAGGAGAAUCCCAAAAUGCACAACUCGGAGAUCAGCAAAAGACUGGGCGCCGAGUGGAAGCUGCUUUCAGAGUCUGAGAAGAGACCUUACAUUGACGAGGCCAAGAGGCUGCGAGCUCAACACAUGAAGGAGCACCCCGACUACAAGUACAGACCCAGGCGCAAACCCAAAAACCUGCUCAAGAAGGACAGGUACGUUUUCCCGUUGCCUUACCUCGGGGACACCGACCACUUGAAGGGACUUCCCGUGUCGGCCGCGGACUCUCUUUUGGGCCCUUCGGAGAAAGCCAGAGCGUUUCUGCCGCCGACGUCCGCUCCUUACUCCUUCCUCGACCCGAGUCAGUUCAGCUCCAGCGCCAUCCAGAAGAUGACGGAGAUGCCCCACACGUUGAGCACAAGCACUUUGCCGUAUGCGUCCUCGUUGGGAUACCAGAACGGCGCGUUCGGCACCCUUGGGUGCCCCAGUCAGCACACCCACACCCACCCGUCGCCCACAAACCCGGGCUACGUCGUCCCGUGUAACUGCACAGCCUGGUCAGCGUCAAGUUUACAGCCCCCGGUGGCCUACAUACUUUUUCCAGGUAUGACCAAGACUGGGAUAGACCCAUAUUCAUCCGCACAUGCCACUGCCAUGUAACCCUCAAGACUCUUUUCUUUUUUUUUUUUUUAAAUUCACUUGAAUACUGAAAUGCAUGUAAAUAUAUUAAGGACAGCGCGCCCCAUUAAAAGGCAUGAACAGUACUGACUGCCUUGGACUUGUUAUUGCAACAAAAGAAAAAGAACAAACUUUUUCCAGAAAUCCAACAAGUUUCUGACUUGAGCAGAGGAGCUGGGAUUUGGUGUAAAGGACGGUGCCCUGUGAACUGUAAGAAAUGUAAAUGUUAUAACGUUUAUGGCAACCAGAAAAGGAGGCCUUUAACUUUAUUUAUUGUGUACAUUUCAAUGCUGAAAUGCUGAUUUGUGUUAUUGAUAGGGUACUCUUUUAUUUUGAAAAAUUGGCUUGCACAAUUAGUAUUCUUAUUUCCUGUAUAGGCCUAAGUAGUCUACAUUUUGACACUCGUAAUUUUAUGAUGUUCUGGAUAGGGUCAAAAUCAGGACCUAUAGGCUGGAUUAUAUACGGGUUAUAUUGUUUAUAUUUAUCAAAAACUGGCACAUAAAACUAUUUAAGAUGACAAAAAGAAGAAACGUCAUUCACAUCCAAAUGUUUUUAUUUCGCAUUUUUACUGUGGUUCAGUGCUAAUAUAGUCACACGCGUCAUUUUUGUUUUUUGUUUUUGAGGAUAACUUCUAUUUGAAUUCAAGGAGGUAUAUGUGUAUUAUCAUUUAAGAUGGUAAUUUAAAAACCUGUCAUGUUAUGGAAAGGAUAAUGUAUCUAGAAGGUUGAUACCUCCUGCUCUUUGUUCAAUUGCUGAACAAAGACAUUUGGAAUAAAGACAAUCUGUCUUCAACGCUA